AUUUUCUCUCCCUGAAACAUAAACACCUCUCUCUCUCUAUCUCUCACACACACACAAUCUCUUUCUCUCUCUAAUUUUACCAUGUCGGAGAAACGAAUUGGGAUGGUCGAGAAAAGUAACAACAAGAGACAAAGAGUGAAACUUGUUCACGAGUUCUCCAUCAACGACCACCACGACGUGCUCGUAGAAAUCCUCCGGCGACUAGACGGUCCUUCUCUCUGCUCAGCCGCUUGCGUGUGCCGACUCUGGUCAGCCGUGGCUCGCAACGACUCAAUAUGGGAAGAGCUCUGUUUCCGACAAGUGUCACCACGACCUUCCCUUUCCCUUCGCUCCGUUGUGUCGGCUCUCGGUGGCUACCGAUGUCUCUACUUCCUCUGCAUCCGUCCCGUUCUUGCACGACUCCCCAAGAUCCUCUGGAGCCGAGACCAGCUUCAGCUUUCGCUCUCCCUUUACUGCGUUCACUACUACGAGCGCCUCUACGUUGGCGCGUGGCUUGGAGACGCGCCACCUUCUUCGCUCAUGUUCCUUCGGAAACCUGUCAACGUCGUCUGAUGAUUCGCCCUUUUUGCCGGAACGGCCAUUAAUAAAUUAUUAGUUUCCAAGAUUGUAUUCUUUAUCAUAUAUUAUUAUUUACUCCGAUUUG